AUGGUCGUGCGGUCUCGCGACUCCCAACUAAAGUGCACAUCACCGCGCAGAGCGGAUCACACGGCAUUCCUGCAUCUGCCCUGGCCGCAGUCACUCGGUGUCACCACAACAAACAAAAAAAAGACAGUGGUGGAAAAACCGAAUCGACAAAGUCGCCUCCAACCGGCUGACACGACGGAACACGAGCGAGUAGAACCGGCUGCAGGGUUUCCCGUGAGGACCAAAGCGUCGCGUUGACCCACGACCGAGAGAACUGGACCAGCGACCGAACCAGAGCAUGAAGAAGACUCCCAAUUCAGCUCUGAAGAGGUCCUUUGAGGUGGAGGAUGUGGACACCUCCUCGCACUUGUCCCCCGGCACCCGUCGGACAACCAACUCCCCCCACCGCAACACCGCCAUGUCCCCCACCAGCAUCUACUACCGUGACCUGGGCACCGCCCCCCCGACCGCCGCCGCCACCGCCGCCACCGCCGCCAACAACAACAACCUCAACUUUACCCAACCCCGCUCCAUCAUGGGCGGAGGGGGCUCCAAGACCCCCGAGCCUGUGUCGCGCCGCUCCGAACUCUCCAUCGACAUCUCCUCCUCCUCCUCCUCCUCCUCCAGCAAGCCGCUGGAUAACGUCACCAGCCCCGCUUCCCAGCGCUUUGCGGCCAACAGCGUCCUGAAGCGCCCAGAGGUCCUGGGCCACUCCAAGACCCCCGAGACGAGCCACAAGAGGGAGGUCACGUUCGCCAGGGCGCCUUCCGACUCCCCGGCGACCCGCCGCAACGAGGGCAACCACCACCACCACAACAACAACAACGGCGCCAGCCGGGCCGCCGAGCAGAACCACGGCCGCAGGUUCGAGGCCCCCGCGGGCGGAGACGUCCGCAAGCCCGACAUCAGCAUCACCAGAGCUCCCCCGGAAAACAACGGCCACCACCUUCCUGUGCACCACCCGCACCACCCUAACCCUCACCACAGCGCCAUCGUCACCACCUUCCGCUCCUCCUCGCCCAGUCACGGGCGUAAAUCCCCCAACCCUGACAGGUCGGAGGUCAGUCUGAGCCACAGCAACAUGUCGGAGUCCGCCAAGCCCCACCACCAUAGCCCUCAAGUCAAGGGGGAGAAGACCCAUGGCAGCGACUUCAGCUACGUGGGCAUUGAUGCGAUCCUGGAACAGAUGAGGAGGAAGGCCAUGAAGCAAGGCUUCGAGCUCAACAUCAUGGUUGUUGGGCAAAGUGGCCUGGGAAAGUCCACUCUGAUGAACACCCUGUUCAAAUCGAAGGUUAGCCGUAAGUCUGUGCAACCGAAUCAGGAGGAGAGGAUCCCCAAGACCAUCGAGAUCAAGUCCAUCAGUCACGACAUAGAGGAGAAAGGAGUGAGGAUGAAGCUGACGGUGAUUGACACUCCGGGCUUCGGGGAUCAGAUCAACAAUGAAAACUGCUGGCAGCCCAUUAUGAAGUUCAUCAAUGACCAGUAUGAAGCCUACCUGCAGGAGGAGGUCAACAUCAACAGGAAGAAGAGGAUUCCGGACUCCAGGGUGCACUGCUGCAUAUACUUCAUACCGCCCACAGGACACUGUCUGAGGCCUCUCGAUGUGGAGUUCAUGAGGCGCCUGAGCAAGGUGGUCAACAUCGUCCCCGUCAUCGCCAAGGCCGACACCCUGACCCUGGAGGAGAGGGACGACUUUAAACAGACGAUCAGGGAAGAGCUGCGAGCCAACGGGAUCGACGUUUACCCCCAGAAAGAGUUUGACGAGGACGCAGACGACAGGAUGAUCAAUGACAAAAUCAGGGAAAUGAUCCCGUUCGCUGUCGUGGGCAGUGACCAGGAGUACCAGGUGAACGGAAAGAAGAUUCUGGGAAGGAAAACAAAAUGGGGCACCAUAGAGGUUGAGAACAUUGCACACUGUGAGUUUGCUUACCUGCGAGACCUCCUCAUCAGGACACACAUGGAGAACAUCAAGGACAUCACAGGCAGCAUCCACUACGAGACGUAUCGCGUCCGCCGGUUAAACGAGUCCAACGGCCACUUCAUCUCGCAGCAGCCCGAGCGGCCGGCGGCCCAGCCCAAGGCCAACGGUCAGCCCGAGGAGCAGCCCAGCAGCCCCCCGCAGGCCAACGGGGUCGCCGCGCCGCACCAAGCCCACUCCCACGAGAUGUAGAGUCCACACGUAGGGUGUCGGGACACAGCCAGGCACGGAACACGCAGUCGCCCAUGUGUUCUGUUUACACACACACACACACACACACACACACACACACUCUCAUGCUGUGAAGCCUAUCUUUUGUUACCUAGAAGGACUGACUACCUUUCAACAGGAAGUUCCAUGACACAUCCGAGUAAAUCCCAACAUUCCCCCCCCCCCCCCAUGGUGUGACUGCACAAUGCAACGUAUAUUCGGUUGUUUACAAGAAUAAACCUGUGAUGGAUAAUCCGUAAAUCUAUCAGUGUUUCGUGUAUGGAUCGCAGCGAGGCUAAUGAAAGUGAAUAGUUAGUGAAAUAAUGUACAAUGUUUGGAUCUGAAUCAGUGAGCAUGUUGGAAACAGAGUGAGAGAGAAAAGAGGCCUGCUGUGCACAGAAUCCCCUUUGCAUGGAUCUUGGGUGGACAACUCUAGCCCCUUCAGGAUUGUCCAGCCGAGGAGAAAUGGCAUAAUUCCAAAUGAAGUACAGCAUAUCCGACAACACAUUAGCUCUAAACUAGAAUUAACUGUUUGUGCCAAUGGCCUGGUGUGCUUUGUGUUUCGGUGUAGAGUUUUGUAUAGAAACUAUGGUUAAGUAGGAUUAUUUAGAUUAGGUUCAUAGUAUCAUGGAGAAAGUAAAUACAUUGUUGACACCUCCACGCUGCAAAAUAAUACAAGAAGAACAAGUCGUGGCAGUGUGGAGCAGCUUUGAAAGAAAUAGUCCCCAUUUCCACUUUUUCAGUCGUGUUAUGAUGUUUUUAAAAACCCGUUAUUGCCAAACCCUCCUGUCUCUUUCUAUAUAAUGCCAAUGUUGUGUAAUACGGUCAUGCCUUGCCUUUUACAUUUGCUAUUGUAUCUUUAUUGCUGUUCAUCUUCUAAUGUGAUUGGAUACAAUGGGGGUUGUGGAGUUAUCUGUGCAACUCUUUUGUUCAUUUUUAUCCUUGCCAAAUAAAAGUCUUUUUUUCUGUUCUAAAGAGAAGCACAUACAAUAUAUAGAGUUGAUUUAUGAAUAGAUAUUUAUGUGUAUGUUAAGUGUAAUCGGUUCAAUUCAACUUUCAUUCCAGCUUGUGGCUUUCAGAGGUUUGUUGCAGGUCUCUACAAGCGAUUAUCUUUUAGCUUUAGACGUAUUUGUUUUUAGUGGCCUGCGUUUUUACACCAUGUUGUACCCUGUUGGCUCGGCUUAUAACUGGCACCAGAGUGCAAAGGAUGUUAUUUAUACAUAACCAAUCGAUUCUGCCGAUAACUGUAAUAACAAGAUUAUGGAGAUAUAUUACUACAACUGAGGAAGCAAAAUAACACCCUUGAAAUUGCAGACAGAGUUCAUGUUAAUAUGUGCACAUUAAUACAAACUCAUGGGAUAAUUUAUAGAGGCUAAAUCUAAAUUUUUAAUGUCAUCAUACCUUUUCUAACUCAAAUAACCAAGAGUGUAAUUCUCUCAUAUGUUGCAUACAAAUGUAGAGAAGAGAAUACUUUCCAACAACCAAGAAAACUAUUGUCUUUUAUCCGGAGAGAGGUUAUUGGGUUACAUCUUGUUUACUGUUGUAAAGUUCUUGUGUAAUUUGUUAUGGUAUCAUAGAUUGAGGUUCUAUCUUUGAUAUGCUAUCUUAAAGAAUAAAGAUUGAUAUUUUUAUUGUUA